AUUGGACACCCUUGAUUUACACAUUAUACGCUUCCCGCUAACCGACACCAGGCCACGUGCAGUGCACGCCAGGAUGGCAAGCACACUUAAUCCUGCCACGCUGGAAAAGCUGCUGCAUCCGAUACAGGAAAUACGCGUCCGUUCACUGCACGACGUCGAAGGCACGCUAAGACGAGCGUUAUGGGAGAAUGUGGACAUAGGCGUGAAUGCAUCCGUUCUAUUUAAGAAUUUAAUACGUUGGUUCGGGCAUGUUCCGCUACUGAUGGAGCUGACCGUACUGGAGAUGAUGUCGCUCCUGCUCGAGAGCAAAUAUGGACAGGAAAUAGUAAGAUUCUUCACGUCAACGCGAAUUAUAAAGGAGCUGAUGAAAAUUCGUUACCUGACCGGGACGAACGCAAAAUGCGACGAGCUGGUGGAGAGCAUCAUUAAGCAGGUGGAGCGUAUGAAAACAGGUUCCACUACCUCGUCCAGCAUGACCAGCUCGAUCGAUCUGGACAGCGUAGCGAACAGUGUCAGCAGUCUGAGGCUGGACACAAACGAGCUCGCUGGUGAAACAUCGGAGAGCGAAAAGAGACAAAGAACAGUUCUUCACUCGUUUGCGGCGCGAUGGAAAGGUGACGACACGUUCUACACCGAUUGCUGGGAGGUGCAGGACUCGAACGCGGUAGGAGUGCUGGAGCGCUUGAACGAUUCACUGUUCAAUGAGGAAAAUGAUGAAAACUUUCAGCGCGCUCUAAACUACAUCGUUUCGUACACCAAAAAUUAUCCACCGGAGUUCUUUCUGCAGCCUCCGUACAUUGGCCUAUCACUGUUGCAAUUGAUUCAGACUGGUCGGGUGAGCAUACGAAAAGGGUACGAAAUGUUGCUGUAUUUGGUGGAAUCGUUCCGAAAACGCAUUCGGCAGCGAAUGCUCACCGUGACAUACAUUCCGGUGCAGGAGAAACGAGCUCGGACACAAAUUUCGCUCGGUGCGUUCGUGUACGAAAUGUUUCGACAGUGCAUCGACCAAUUAAAGGAACUAUCGAGCGAUGUGGAUAAACUAGCGUCCAACAUGAUACUGAUAGUGCUUAGCCAAACCACCACAUUCCUUAUGACGGAACAUUUUUCCGAUCAGCAAAAAAUUCCUGCCCAUCGUUUUGGAGAGCUGUGCGGUUCUUUCGGUUAUCUGGCGAAGCACUAUCGGCAGGAGUGGGAACUGGACACCAAGAAAUUGUUCACACGCACGCGCUACCGCAUUACGAUGCAAAUAUUGCUCGACUUUGUGCGACUGUGGCAGAAGGAACCGGAGGUAGAUGACGAAGCGGACGAAGCUGGUGCCGGUGGAAGGUCCGGUACGUUGCACUAUAAGUUUGUCGAGAUCAAGCUAAGCUCUUCCGCUCACCGUAAAGCGCUGGAGCAAUCGGAUCGAAUUUGGCGUGACGAAUGCCUGAUUGCGCUGCAUGACUAUCCGCUGAAGUACUCCUGUCCGGAAAUGUACGAGUAUUUAUGUGCACUGGUCGAUAAACAGAAAGCACCGCUGCUGGACAUACUGCUGAACUUGACGGUCACUUUGACCCCAGCGGUGCAGAUGCUACGGGACACUUAUUUUAAUGCGAGACUCUCCGAUGAACACUUGCUUGCAAUAGGUUCGGAGGCGAUAAAAACUCUGUCUUUGCAUCGAUCGAUGGAAUUGGUGCGGAUUCUUUUGAAAACGAUUGGAAAUUGUUCCAGUUCCGUAACGGAAGAUGAGCCGUUGUGGGACAUCAUUGAAUCGAUUACGGUGCGUUUGUUGGCAAACGAGGAUGAAACUAUAAGGAGCGAGGUUUACGAAAUAUGCACGAAAAUGAUGAAAGAUUUCAUUGGACAGUUGGAUGACAGCCCUACUCUCACACGCCGCAGUAUGCUCUCCAGCACGGCUCCGAAACUGCGUGCAAUGGGUAUCCCACUUUCGCUCCAAAUUCUUACCGAAAUUACCUGCUUUGGAUAUACCGACCGAAAUAGCAAGAUUCGUCAAUGCGCCGAAACGAUGUUACUGUUUGUGUGCAACUCGAAAGCGUACCUGCAGGAACGAUGGGCAGACGUGCAGGAGCUACUGCUUCCAAUAGCACCACUUCUGCAGGCAGCAGCGGUCGGACUUGAAGAAUCGAAACUGGGCGUAGUCGUUAUCGGUAUGUUUCAUCCGGACUUUGGUUUACCGUGGCUCGACAUAUUGCAGGGAAAUCUUCGAUUGCUGUUCCACGUGCAUAGUUUCAUCCGUGAGGAAGCUCUCACACGUGUACUCUUUCUGAUAAGCUCGGUCGAACGGAGCGAAGAGUUUGCGCCACGAAUUGAACACAUCAGUGAUACCAUCCCGAAUAGCAUCUGUAUGCUGCCGGCACCGUAUGGUGUUGGUCGUCCACAGAUAACUAACGUGUACGAUGUUAGUGCAGUGAAACCUCUGCUUGAUGCACUGGAGCAGGAAAACGGUGAUCCCGCUUUGCGACGCAGCGCUCUGACACAGCUAAACGUGAUGGCGGACGAUCCGGUGCUGUGUGAGCAGAUACACAACACUUCGGGGUGGGUGUUGGUAAUGCAGGCGCUGAGCAGAUCGUUGCUGGUUGAGCCUCAGCACGAUUAUCCGGAUGCGGCCAUUCCAGCAGUGGGCAUACUGACCAAGCUUUGCUUCGCCAUCAAAACCUUCCGCCGCUAUCUCGGAACGAACACGACCGCGUGUCAACUGAUUGUGCGGGCUCUGCUCGCUCAUCACCACAUUCCGGUAUUUCGGAUGGAAUGCUGCGCCUUACUGUGUCUGUUGCUGUUUGCAGACUGUUCUACCGGAACCGCACCAAUGGUCUCGCUGCCUUAUGUAUGCGCAACUUCCGCAUUUUCGAUUCCGUUCAUAUGCCAUUUCCAUUGGAGCAUCAGUCCAUUCCGAGAAGCAUUUGGAGCAAACAAAUUAUUUAAGAGCAUUAUAACGAACACAUAUUCACCGGAGAGCAACAUCGAUGAACGUAGUAGUACGUUGCGUGAAUCCGGUUUAGAACACCUCGCAAAGGGUGAGAAUUUGCCCAAAGGCUUUGCUGUCCAGGAGUACGUAAAGCGGUACAUACGUUUUACGUUUGCUGAAGUGUGGUUCGAGGGGGUGGAAAAGAUACUGAAAGUAAACAAUUCCAAACGUGUCGGCAAUGCAUCGUCGAUGGACGAUCAUGAAAGUCCGCUCGAGUACAAAGGCAACCGGACUGCAUUGGCGUUCAGUGCGGAUAUGCGGCUCACCAAGCGAGACAUUCGUUGGCUGAAGAUGGUGGAUUUCCUGUCCAUCUUUCGGAAAAGCUUACGGCGACUUGGAUCCGCAAAAGCGCAUGCGGACGUCUACGUCGGGCUGGCUACGCUCGAGACUAAUUUGAUCUUUCCGCUGAAAAACACCGUCUGCCAGCAGGAUGUAAUUAUCAGCACGCUAAAACGUUACAUUCACACACCACCGAUAACGGUGGCAGAUCAGGAGAUGCUGGUAGAGGUGUUCAACAUAAUCGGUAUAAUGCUGCACCUUGGAUUCUACCUGAUACGCGACUGGCUGUAUACCGUGCUGGCGGCCGAGGACAAUUUUUUCCUCCGUUUGCUUCGAUCGAACGAUUGCAUUGAGUCACUGUACCGCAAGAACGUAAACCUUUUGUGGGGACUGUUGCAGUUGAUGUGUGAUGGGACGAAGACCUCGACAGCUUCUGGUACUGAGCAGCAGCGGAAAGAUGGAAAGCGGGAUCUUACCGAACGCAUAUCUAAACCCGUAGAGCGUGCAACAAUGUGCGAAAACUCGUGGGAUGUGCGAGUGUUCAAUACGGCACUGGAGCAGUUAGAUGUAUUGCUGAAGAAAUGUGACGUUCCUCGUAUUGUAUCGCUUUUGGAAGUUCUCGAAACCAUGUCGGCUUUGCUAGUUGACGUGCGACAGAUCGAUAUUACGGAAGUUAUCCCAAAGCUGUUGCUUUGCAUUCGAUUCUUUGGAUCGACGGACUUUACUGGGUCCGCGGUCGUACGAUCGUGCUUUUUAGCGAUCGCGCAUCUGCUGGAACGCUCUUCGGAGGAGGUGGCUAGUUUUGAGUGGAAAUCCAAACAUUUGAAAACCGUUUCGACGCAGUGCGGCAACAGCUGUACGCUCGUUCGUUCAUUCGCUUGGAAUAUUCUGGCGAAGAUUGCUCGCACCUUGCCCGGCGCAGCUGCAAUCGUGAAGGAGUGUGCCUAUCUUCCGGGUGGUAUACACGCGAGCUGCAUCAGUACGAUGUUGGAUAGAAAAGAGGCGUGUUUGGUAAAGGAAUCUGCUGUUGGUCUGUUGGUAAAUCUGCUGUCUCAUAACGCGGACAGAGAUGCAUCGUUGCAUUCGUCCGUCCUGCCGCUGGAUGGAGCAGCAAGCGCUCGACGUGCAGCUGCCACCGGCAAUAAUGCCUCCACGAACGGCUCGGUAGAUGUGAUAUUGGAACUAUUGUCCAAGCAGCAUUUUUUCGAAGAAUCCGUCCGUUCGCUGGAAACCUAUUCGUGCAUGGAGUUUUUGCUGGACGAUGACAAGAAACAGCAGGAUCCAGUUAUUUCAGCGGACAUGGUGAGAGCGUUUGCGGUGUUGUAUCGCUGUCUGCUCGAGCUGGACCCGUUCGAAUUUGGGCAGUUGAUCGGAGAAAAGGGUUGCAUCCAGUGGCUGUUGGAAUGCGUCGAACAACAGGCAAUGCUUCCGAACCGGGCCGUGUGUCUGAUGGUGGCGGACGUAUGUCUGCUAUUGCUGCGCUGCAUGGACGAACCGACCCGUGAUCCGCUGUGUUUGCUUCUGGCCGGCCAUCAGAAUUUCUUCGAAAGCAUCAUCUACAUGCUGAACCCGUGGCUGUACGGGAAACUAACCCAACCCGUAAUGGAGCAAACGUUGUGCAGUAUUAUGCGACUACUGUGCGCGCUGGUAGUUACGCCUACGGGGAAACAACAGAUCCAUCUUGAGUUUGAUCAUCAGGACGUUAAACCCAUUGCGAAAAUGAUAGAAAAUGGAAUUCUCCAAAAAUCAAAAGGGUUUCAAAUCAUGUGCUUAAAAUUUCUGAGCCUUAUGUUUUACACAUCAGAGCCAAUUGCAUCUCCCACUGGCGAAUAUCCGUCCUUCCUGGUUCAGUUCGACACAAUGGACAUGCUCGCGGAAGGUCCCGAAACAGUAAAGUCUUCUUCGCAAAUGCAUCUGGACGAAGAACUCUCCGAGGUGGAAGACGACACGGAAAACACCAACCCUAAUCGUCCGUUAUCAACCGCAGACAAGGAGAAGCGAUUGAAGACGGAUGAGAAGAAGGACAGCUCGAUGCGCAGUGGUUCGGCUCUGAUAUUCAAGGCAUUGUUGCAUCGUUUUGAAUCAACCUGUAAUCGACAGCAACUGGAAGCGGGAGGCAUCACAAGUACGAACUACAAACGGAUCGUUUUCUCAACGGUGAAAACCAUGCUGCACUUUUCCGAGCAAGCAUGCCGGGUCGCACGGGAGCGCAAUCUGCUGGCGAUCAUUCUCGAUUGGUUCGAUGCCAUCUACGAAGGGCUGAUCGGACGGUUGUCGUAUUCGGAAUUUGCACGAAAGCAUGGGGAUGUGAAGAAAUUGUCCAUUAUGACGGAACUGAUGGAGCUGGUCAGCCUACUCGGCACGUGGUUUAGUGUGCCGGGUGAGCCACUUCUGCUACACAUGGACCAGAUCGACCGAUUGUGCCAAACCGUGCUGCAAUAUUGGCCCUGGUUUAGCAAUCACGCGGUUCUGCACCUGGAGUUCCUACAGGUAUUGGCCUUCCUCACGGAAAGUCACAUAAUCGUUUGCAAAGCGCUGGCAUCGACAUUCCCGGGCUAUCCGCACAGUAUCAUGAAGUUGUUAAUCGUGACCGCCACAACGGAGACGGCAAAGGUGAAGGGCCCUAAGUAUGAUCUGCAAUUGCUACGGGUAUCGUUGCGAGUGCUGAAGAAUUGUUGCUGUUGUCAUGAGGGUCGGAGCAUGAUCGGUAAGCUGAACGUGUUCGAUAAUAUUAGCAAGCUGCAUCCGACCGUAACGAAGCUGCAAAAGCCGUGGAUUGAUGUAACGCAUAUAUGGCUAGAGUUUUGGGAGGUGUACACCCGCUAUGUUGAUGUUAGCGAAGUAAGGCAUUUGACCGUGCUGGGAGCAUUGACACGCAAAUCCGAUCUAGAGAUACGGCUUCUAGCGAUGGCCAUCGUUCGGAAUCUUACGUUCGUGCUGGCAAACAGGCCAGCGUUGUUAGCCUCGUCGGACUACAUGUUUAUCUUGGCGAACGCACUACAGCGCACAUCUUGCCGAGGUGAAGUGCUGAUGGCUGCCGUAACGGUGUGGAAAAUGAUUGCCAACAAUCAACGAGGCAAGGCAGCGAUCAAAAGCAGUCCUUUGGUACGGUUGAUAGAGGGCCAGGUGAAACACUACUCCAUGACACCGGAAGGGAACGACCAAAACGAACUAUGGAAUGUACUGAUGACUGUGUAUCAUAUAUUGAAAGCGUAAUAGUACACUACCACCUUGGGGCGGCCCGGUUGUGUACUCCGGACCAAUCCCCCGUACGCAGGACUGACUAUUCAGCUACGGGUAAAUAAAGUCAAAGAAAGCCAGAAAUCGCCGGCCUAUACCACUUUAGGUUGUUGUGCUGGUGAGGAAGAUAGUACACCUACCUGCCAGGUAGACGGUGCACAUCCUAGCGAUGAUUGAAAUAAGAGUGAGAAGCCAUAGCACAAACACAAAAGAGUGAGCAGCAACAGUAGGAAUCCGUUAGAAGUCGAUGUCUUUAAUACAGUUGGCGACUGCGGUAACUAAACAAGUGUCUUCUUUUACAAGUUGUACAAACGGAACUGAAGUCUGGAAUUUGAGAACAAGAAACAUUGAUGUAAGUGCAUUAUAGUGCAUCAUAGGUUUCAUUUGAGUAGUAAGAUAAUAUGUUUAACAUGAUGUUACAAGGGGAGUUGGUAUGGAACUCCCGUAUGAAAUAAAACAGAAAGGAA